AGGAAUAAAGCGCCAAAUCUGAAAACACGGACAGGAAGAAACACCCGUAUGUGAAUGUUGUUAAUGUAGACUAUGUAACUACUGCUCAUCCAUCCAGAAUACUUCAUGUCUAAGUGGUCCGGUUCAGUCUUCAGAUGAACAUGAUGCUCAGUCAGGAUCAGGUGUCCUUCAUAGGACUGGCGUUUGAGACUUAUGUAAUGGAGCACCACAAGAAUGACAUCCUACAGAUCUUCCAGGAGGCCAGUGAAGAUGCUCACUAUCCUGUUGUAGUGAAUGCCAUGACCUUAUUCGAGGACAAUAUGGAGGUUGGAGAGUGUUUCAAUGCGUUCCCCAGCCAGGUGCUGCCUGUAUUUGACAAUGCCCUGCACAGAGUAGCCCAGACCAUAUCUCAGUCUUCUUCCUCACCGCAGGAGAGUUUCAAACUCAAACACAAUCUGCAUGUUCGUAUAUCAGGUUUACCUAUGUGUCCCGAGCUGACCAGAGAUCACAUUCCUAAAGCUAGAGACGUGGGCCACUUCCUGUCCGUCACAGGCACGGUCAUCCGCACCAGUGUGACUAAAGUGCUGGAGUAUGAGAGAGACUACAUGUGCAAUAAAUGCAGGCACGUGUUCUCCGUGCAGGCCUCUUUUGAGCAGUUUUACACCUUCACUCCACCCACCAGCUGCCCCAAUGAGGAAGGAUGUAAUUCUUUCAAAUUCACCUGCCUGUCAGGAAGUGACGCCCCUCCGGCCGCCUGCAAGGACUACCAGGAGAUCAAAAUCCAAGAGCAGGUACAGAAACUGUCAGUGGGCAGUAUCCCUCGAUCUAUGCUCAUCAUCCUGGAGGACGAUCUUGUGGACAGCUGCAAAUCAGGCGAUGACAUCACAGUGUAUGGAGUUGUGUGUCAGCGCUGGAAGCCGAUGUUUCUGGAUUGCCACUGUGAUGUGGAGAUUGUGCUGAAAGCAAACUAUAUCGAGGUCAACAAUGAGCAGUCCACCACAGCACUGGUGCUGGAAGACAUUCAGAAGGAGUUUGAAGAUUUCUGGGACAGUCACAAACAUGACCCCAUUGCUGGCAGGAAUGAGAUCUUGAUGAGUCUUUGCCCUCAGGUGUUCGGCAUGUACGUUGUCAAGCUGGCUGUUGCUAUGGUUUUGGCAGGUGGGGUACAGAGAAUAGAUGUGUCUGGAACCAAGGUGAGAGGAGAGUCUCAUCUGUUGCUUGUGGGCGAUCCAGGCACUGGGAAGUCACAGUUUCUGAAGUACGCGGCUAAGAUUACACCACGCUCUGUGCUUACUGCAGGAAUCGGAUCUACUAAUGCAGGUCUGACAGUGGCGGCUGUUAAGGACUCUGGACAGUGGCAUCUGGAGGCAGGAGCCCUCGUUCUCUCUGAUGGAGGUCUGUGCUGCAUCGAUGAAUUCAACAGCAUCAAAGAACAUGACCGCACCAGCAUCCACGAGGCCAUGGAGCAACAAACCAUCAGCGUGGCCAAAGCUGGAAUGGUGUGCAAACUGGACACAAGGACCACCAUCCUGGCAGCUACAAACCCAAAGGGGCAGUAUGACCCUAAUGUCUCAGUUUCUGUGAACGUGGCCCUUGCCAGCCCCCUCCUGAGCCGCUUUGACCUCGUACUAGUUCUGCUAGAUACUAAAAACCCAGAAUGGGACAAAAUAAUCUCCUCCUUUAUCCUGCAGAAUAAAGGAGCGCCGAGUGAGUCUUCAUGUUUAUGGAGUAUGGAGAAGAUGAGGGCCUAUUUCUGCCUGAUCAAGACUCUUAAGCCUUGUAUAACACAGGAAGCAAACACCAUACUGAGCCGCUACUAUCAGCUGCAGAGACAGAGCGACAGCCGUAACGCCGCCCGGACGACCAUCCGCAUGCUGGAGAGUCUCAGCCGCCUCGCCGAGGCUCAUGCCAGGCUGAUGUUCAGAGAGACAGUGACAGCAGAGGACGCUGUUGUUGUGGUGUCUGUUAUGGAGUGCUCCAUGCAGGGAGGCGCUCUACUUGGAAAUGUGAAUGCUCUACACACCUCUUUUCCUGGCAACCCCUGUGAACAGUAUAAAACACAGUGUGAGAUUGUGCUCGAGAGGCUGGGAUUGACUGAUAUCCUACAGAAAGAACUGCAAAGACUUUCAAGGCUAAAUAGCAGAAGACCGGACUUCCCUAAAGGGACCGAACCACGUAGUGACCACACCAGCGAGCGUCCAACUGGUCAGAAUCACAGUAAUGGUGAGGUGACCACUGAUUCAGACCCCAGCCUGGACUGGUUCCACUCCUUAUCCAGCUCCGUCGUUCACACCUCCCCCGUCAUUACCUCCACACAGAACGCCACCACCAUACUGGGCGACACGGCGGUGUUACCUAGCAACAGCCGUUCCAUACGCCGCAAGGGUUCUGCGUGGGAGAAGGAUGAGGAUCCAUCCGUGGUUGAGGCUGUUGCGGAAAAGGUGCUGAACGAGGAACGAGUUUUAGGAGAGACAGGCGACGAUUUAGAGGAGAUAUUCUCCCACAGUACACCCAAAACGGGGAAGAAACCCUCAAAAAUAAAAAACACAACCAUCAGUCCUCCUGACAUCAGAGCCGAGAGCGGAGAGGAUUUACGCAGCAAACUCACAAACUUCACAUUCAAGCCCAGAGAGAGAAUGACUCAUGCCGAUCAGUCGGUUGCGAAAGCGAGUGCCAAAGUGGCGGUGCAUGAGGGAGCGAAACCUACCGCACCUCAGAUGCCAGCAACACGGGCCGAAAGUGGGAAUCGGUCAAGCUCACGUCGUCCAGCAGAGGGCAGCAGAGCUAAUGAGAAACCCCGGCUAGGAACUAACAAUAAAACCAAAGACUUUUCCUCUCCGGUCUUGAAUGAUGUGAGCACAGCUCAGAAAGGGAUGUCUGAGGACACUGAACAUCAACAACAGCUGCUGUCCAGACUCAACAGCCACUCUCCAGGUGAGAAUAAUGGCAACACUAAUAAACACCCACAAUCCCCACCAAGGACAGACCACCCAAAGGUGAAGGUGGCCGGUUCAACUCUGGCCAGACUUUCUAGAUUCUCUUUUACUGACUCAUCUGAGGAAAACACUGGUGAUAAAAGAGUCCCAGCUACAAACGGCAGUACAAACAAAGUGCCAGCAAACCCGCUUUCUGAAGACCAGGAGAACACAAGCACACAGACCAGGAAAAAUAUAUCCACAGAUUCGAAGGCCACCACAAUGCAGACGGGCAACAUGAGGACAGAGCCCUCCGACAGACAGGAAGAAUCCGGAGAGAACGCUACAAAGAAGAGGAGAUGCUUUGAGUUGGGCUCCGGAGGCCCCGCAGGACUCCUCAAAGGUUUUUCACUGUUCGGCUCGUCUGUCAUAGACGAUGAAGAUCUAGAUGCUGACUGGAUCUGAUGCAGCAGGAGACGUUUGUCAUGUGUAUUAGCAGUAUAUGUAUUUUUUGUGUUUAUUUGUUCAUUUAAAUGCAGUGUGAUGUGUUUUAAUGGCGAAACAGAUUCUGAUGUCAUAGUAAAAAGAGUCUAUUUGCACUUUUGUUUUCGUUUAGUAAAUAUCAGUUACAUUUUAAUGUCUGGUUUUGU